GCGGAGCUAGAGCUGCGCUCCUCUCCUCCACCAUAGAAGAAGUCAUUCCUUCACACGUGCGAUUCGAAAGCAUAGCAAACAUGGGGAAGCGGAGACAGAAAAGCAAUCUUUUUACGAAACUGUCCAAAAAACAGAAGAAACACUUGAAGGAAUUCGGAGAGGAGCAUCCAUUCCACGACGUAGUUUCUGAGGGUUCUGAAAGGGUGGAGAUAGUGGAGCUGCCUCCCAGCCCAGAACAUUCACCUGAACACCCUGAUGAGCAAGAAGAUGAAGAAGAGGAGGAACCAGAGAAUCAAACAGCCUAUCAGAAACUUCUUUCAACUCUAAACCGAUCCACAAGUCAUGCACCGAGUGAAGAGGAGGAAAGCUCGGAGGAUGAGGAGGAAGAGGAGGAACUUCUAAGUGAAGAAGUGGGUGAUGAAGCUGAGGAUGUAAGUGAUAACGACGAUGAAGAAGACGUGGAAGAGCCGGAGGAGCUCGCUAAUGAAGAAGCAGGAGAAAAUGAGGAGGAGCAGAAGGAGCAAAAUGAGGUUAAAAAGGAAGAGUUCAUCGACAAGGAGCACGAGUCGGAGUUUUGCCUCGAGACAAACUUCCUGAACAAAAAAGAGCAAGAUGAAGCCGACGGCUCUGAGCAGGAGGACAACAGCGAAGAUAUGUUCCAUCAGCAUUUGAACACCGAGCUGACUGAAGAAGACGUGCAGAAAAUAACAUCUGGAGCUAAAUCAAGAACUCAAACUACUUUACCUAAAAUGGGAACGCUUCUCUGCACCUCUUUCUUGGAAAAAUUUGGUCAUGCCGGUCUGCAGAAAGAUGGAAGUCUCCCCGUUUUCCACAAGUGUUUGGCAACCAGCUGGAAGGACCUGAACCAAAUAUGCGACCCCAAGGAGACGCCUGAGGAGAUGAGCCCCCUCCAGCUGGAGUUACUGACCCUCAUGGCCUCUUACAGGGAUUUGUAUUAUUCAGAGACGUGCCCACUCAAGCUGGGUCCUCAGGUCCGGAGUGCGUACUGCCUCCAUGUGCUGAACCACGUCCUGAAGGCCAACAACCAAGUACUGUCCCACAAUGCACAGCUGAGGGAGAACAAAACGAAAUCUUCUGAGUGCCAAGAAGAACACAGAGACCAGGGACUGACCAGGCCUAAGGUCCUGAUCCUCCUUCCUUUCCGGAGCGGAGCUCUUCAAGUCGUUCACAACCUCAUCAGUCUGCUGGAAAGCAAAGACAAAAAUAUUGUUGUGAGCAACAAAAAGAAAUUCAAGGAGGAGUUUGGCGAGGAUGCAGACGAAAAGCCGCCAAACCUGCGCAGACCUGACGAUUAUCACGCCAUCUUUGCUGGCAACGUGGACGACCACUUCAGGAUAGGAGUGUCUAUUAUUAGAAAAAACCUUCGGCUGUACGCCCCCUUCUACAGCUCGGACAUCAUUAUCGCAUCUCCUCUGGGGCUGCGCACCGUUCUGGGAGCUGAAGGAGAAAGGAAGCGAGACUUCGACUUCCUGUCGUCCAUCGAGCUGCUGGUGGUGGAUCAGGCAGACGUCUUCCUAAUGCAGAACUGGGAACACGUCCUGCACGUGAUGAAGCACAUGAACCUGCAGCCGCUGGACUCUCAUGGAGUGGACUUCUCCAGGGUGAGGAUGUGGAACUUGAACAGCUGGGCCAAACACUACAGGCAGACGCUGGUGUUCAGCUCCAUCCAGGACCCUCAAAUCAACAACAUCCUCACCAAACACUGCUCCAACUACAGAGGACAGAUUGCCUCAAAGAAUCUACCAAAGACGGGCUCCAUCUGCCAGGUGCAGGUCCAGCUGCCUCAUGUGUUUCAGAUGUUUGCGUCUGAGAGCUUCAUUGAUCAUGAUGCUCGGUUUCGGUUCUUCGUGGAUAAAGUUCUGCCUCAGUACAAGGACUCGGUCAUAUCCCACACGCUGGUCUACAUCCCGUCUUACUUCGACUACGUCCGACUGCGGAACUACAUGAAGAAGGAGGAGAUGAGCUUCACCAGCAUCUGCGAGUAUUCCAGUAAAUCGGAGAUCUCCCGAGCCAGACAUUUCUUCCUGAAAGGCGACAAACACUUUUUGCUCUUCACUGAACGCUUCCACUUCUACAAGAGGUACACCAUCAAAGGAAUCCAGAACCUGAUCUUCUAUGGCCUGCCCUCCUUCCCUCACUUCUACAGUGAGGUGUGUAACAUGCUGGCAGAGGGGGGUCAGGGAGAGGCGGCCAGCUGGACCUGCACUGCCCUGUACUCCAGAUACGACGCUCAGAGGCUGGCCGCCAUCACAGGGAGCCAGCGAGCGGGACAGAUGCUGCACUCCAACAAGACGGUUCAUCUGUUCAUCACAGGAGAGGACAAGACCUCCUGAUGAUGGAAGGACCAAUGAACUGCUGGAUAUUAACAGGCGUAUUCAAGGGGUUCAUGCCUGUAACUGUUUCUGCUCAGUCAUAUCUACGCAGCUGUGAAAACACAAGUCGGACCAUAAUAAAAUAGGAUUAUAAUCUCAUUAAAGCAUCACUUACAAUAAAAGAGUUAACUAUUGAAAGUGUCCUUAUCUGUUGCUCAUAAAUGUGUCAGUGAUAAUGUUUUAUAAUAUGAGUGAGCCAUAAUAAAGACACAGUGAUCAUGA